AUGAGCUCGGCGUACAUUGAGUUCUCUGGACUUUGCAUGAGGUCAUUCUGUCCUUAUGUUACUAACUUUUACAGACUUGCAACACUCCUUUUCCAUGUAUUGUUUUCCAUCAUCGCAGAAGAUGCAUUAAACUCUAACAUGUUAGUCGCUAAUGGAACAACACUUUUAAAUGAACCAUUUAAAAAUGGAUCAAAUCCUCAAUCCUCAUUAGUAUCUGGAAGGAUAGCACGUGGAAAUGCGAUAAUACAAGAGAUGAGAUCACACAUCUUUGGCACGGAUGAGCAAAUCCACGAAUCGGAUCUAAUUUGUAAUUGCAAUGGCGCAUUGUGUGAUAACGAAUUAGUUCAUUUGCUUGGAGAUUCUUAUAGGGGCAAAUGUAGGGCAAAGCGUGGUCGUUGCUUCAAAGUUUACGAUGAGCAGCACAAUUACCACAUGUCAGUUGGGUGUGUUGACCACAAGGACCUUUUUCCGAUUCCCAUUUUCUGUCUCGGCCAUCCAAAUUUCCACAUGACAUGCUGCAACUAUUCAUUCUGUGAUGAGGAGAUCUCUAUGAGCGUGGCGGAUAUGGUCAUAUCAGACAGAACCACCCCGUGGAGAUGGGUUAUUGUUGGAUUAGUAGUUCUUUUUGGAAUUCUUAUUGCUACUGCAAUAGCUUUAUUUCGACACCCAAGACUAACAUCUUUCGUGCGAAAAUAUUUUCGUCUAGGCCCAACAGUUUCUGCUGCGUUGAACAAUAUAUCUUCUAGAGAGGAUGAAGUGCCAAUGAUUGAGACGUUGUCUCAAACAACGACAACUUCUGCCCCAGCAAUUCAACUGUUGUUAUUGAAAGGGCUCGAGUCGACAGAUGCAGGAUCAGGAUCGGGAUCUGGUUUGCCUUUGCUAACACAGAGAAACAUCGCAAGGCAGAUUGAGCUUGUGCGGGAGAUUGCUCAAGGACGAUUUGGUGAUGUGUGGUUGGGAGCAUGGAAAGGUGAUAUGGUAGCUGUUAAAAUUUUCUCUUCGCGUGAUGAAGGAUCCUGGUCACACGAAGUAGAGACGUUCCAAACACACAUGCUCCGCCAUCCUAAUAUUCUUCAGUUUUACGCCAGCGACAGCAAAGAUACCGGUACUAUUAUGCAGCUGUGGUUAAUUACAGAGUACCAUAGCCACGGAUCCCUGUUUGAUUAUCUUUCGAACACUACGGUAAACGUCGUGACUCUUGUCCAGAUGAUACGAAGUAUCUCCAAUGGGUUGUCAUUUUUGCACACUGAAUUAAUGGGAAUUCAAAAGAAACCAGCCAUUGCUCAUCGAGAUAUCAAGAGCAAAAAUAUUCUCGUUAAAGCUGAUUUAACAUGUGCAAUUGCUGAUCUGGGUCUCGCGGUGCGAUAUGAAGCAGGUCACAUAAGUUUGCCGAACACGAACAAAUGCGGAACUGUGCGUUAUCUUCCUCCUGAAAUUCUCGAGGACAAAGUGGAAUCUACAAAGUUUGAGUUGUAUCGCACUGGUGAUAUGUACGCUGUUGGUUUAGUGAUCUGGGAGGUUGCACGACGUGCAACGUGUUCUGCUGGUCCUGCCUCAUCGUUCGCAGAGUCGUUGCCCUAUUACGACCAUGUUUCGCGAGAUCCAACUAUAAAAGAGAUGCGAGAAGUCGUUGUAACACAAGGAAUUAGGCCUUACCAAUCUUAUCAUUGGCAAAACAACAAUGUGCUACGUGAGGUUUCUCGUGUUAUGCCUCAACAUGCGGCUCUCGUGAGGAUGGGUCCUAGAUCCGUCAUUCAUUCUGGACACGUUUCUCAACCGGUCAUUAGAUAA